CAGCUUCUCAAUAUUUAGACAGCAGAGAACAAUGGGUUCUGGAGGGAGGGAGCGUCCUGCUGUUUGCUUGGCCGUUGCCGUUUUUCUGAUGUGUUAUUUAGUGCAGCUUACAGACUGCCUUGGCCUGAGAAAAACUCAGAUACGAGUGGUGAAGAGAGAGGCUGAUUUUACACUCGCAGCUGGAGUCCAAGAAGGAAAAAUUGUGUUUGGGAAAGUUUUUGAGUUCCCAGAUGGAAACAAAAAGCAGUCUUCAAAUGCUUCAGUGGAUGACGGAUCUGAUUAUCAGGCAGACUUUACAGGUAUGACAGGCUGGUCCCGGCACACAGAUGUGGAUGAAGCUUCCAAGGAGAAAUGGAACAAUCUGGAAACCUCUCUGCACUGUUUUGGUGACCACAUGAAGUUCAGAUCACUUGGCCCAGGGGCUUCACAACUUGCAGUGGUGCAAGCAAAUGAUCCACCGAUGCCUCUUUCCAUGGUACCUCCAAGAUGUGGCUACAGAAUGCAUGGGAACUUGAUGGCAUUUGUCAUGAUUGCUCCAUAUGAGGGCUGCAACAUGAUUCAGCAGGGUGGGAAUUACAUGCUACCUCUGCUCUGGCAAGGCCAUCCACUGUCCCUGCUGUGUCCGGCAACCCAGGCGCCGCAGCAGGCGCCACAGCAGGCGCCCCAUCAAGCUUUCUUUGACUUCUAUUCUCUUCUUCAAGCAGCAGCUGAACCUGUAAAACCUGUACACUUUCCUUCUUACCCAUUUCCUUACCCACAUCCAACGGCUCCUCCUUCCACUCCAGUGUCAAAGGACCCUUAUCCCUAUAUUCCUUACCCACAUCCAACGGCUCCUCCUUCCACUCCAGUGUCAAGGGACCCUUAUCCCUAUAUUCCUUACCCACAUCCAACGGCUCCUCCUUCCACUCCAGUGUCAAAGGACCCUUAUCCCUAUAUUCCUUACCCACAUCCAACGGCUCCUCCUUCCACUCCAGUGUCAAGGACCCUUAUCCCUAUAUUCCUUACCCACAUCCAACGGCUCCUCCUUCCACUCCAGUGUCAAAGGACCCUUAUCCCUAUAUUCCUUACCCACAUCCAACGGCUCCUCCUUCCACUCCAGUGUCAAAGGACCCUUAUCCCUAUAUUCCUUACCCACAUCCAACGGCUCCUCUUUCCACUCCAGUGCCAAUGGACCCUUAUCCCCAGAUUCCUUUUGACCCACGUCUCCCUUGGCUAUACUGGCGUCAGGUUCCAGAAUUUCCUCUCCUUUUUCCUUAUCCCCCAGAAUAUCCAAUGUCUGGACCAAAGGCAUCAAAGACCAACUGUGCAGCUACUAAGGCUCCUCCUGGUACAUCUGCACAGUGGCAUCCUAUGGACUACCUGCCUUUUCUUCCAAAGGGACAAUUUCCAUACCUUUAUCCUCAACAAGGCUAAAUCUGAACAGCUAAAAUAAAUAUUUGAAAUAAA